UAUCCACUUUGCCGAAUGAGCCCCCGCAGAAGGGUGCGGAAGGGGCCCCCACUGGAAUUCUCUGCAGCCUGGAGAGAGCGCUCUGGAGGAGCCUCUGCACGGAGAUAUACCUCGCUCUACGUGGCCACGGAAGCCAUACUCAUCGCCCUGAUCGGAGCCAUACCGUCGUACCACUGGGACUUGGCCGGGCUCCUGCCCAACCAGAGCCACGGCAACCAGUCAGCCGGCAAAGACCAGGCGUUCGGGGACUGGCUCCUGACAGCCAACGGCAGCGAGAUCCGGAAGCACGUGCAUUUCAGUGGCGGCUUCACCUCUAUCGCCUCCGAGUGGUUUUUGAUUGCCAACAGAUCUUACAAAGUUAGUGCAGCCAGCUCCUUCUUCUUCAGUGGUGUGUUUGUUGGCGUCAUCUCUUUUGGUCAGCUGUCAGACCGCUUUGGAAGGAAAAAAGUCUAUCUCACAGGUUUUGCUCUUGACAUUUUAUUUGCUAUUGCAAAUGGAUUUUCCCCCUCCUACGAGUUCUUUACAGUAACCCGCUUCUUGGUGGGGAUGAUGAAUGGAGGGAUGUCGCUGGUGGCCUUUGUCCUGCUAAAUGAAUGCGUGGGCACCGCCUACUGGGCUCUGGCAGGAUCCAUCGGCGGCCUCUUCUUUGCAGUUGGCAUCGCCCAGUACGCCCUAUUGGGAUACUUCAUUCGCUCCUGGAGGACUCUGGCCGUUCUGGUUAACCUACAGGGAACAGUGGUCUUUCUUUUAUCUUUAUUCAUUCCUGAAUCCCCUCGUUGGUUAUACUCCCAGGGUCGACUGAGUGAGGCGGAAGAGGCGCUCUACCUCAUUGCCAAGAGGAACCGCAAGCUAAAGUGCACAUUCUCACUGACACAUCCGGCCCACAGGAGCUACAAGGAGACCGGAAGUUUCUUGGAUCUGUUCCGGUACCGGAUCCUCUUAGGACACACUCUGAUCCUGAUGUUCAUCUGGUUUGUAUGCAGCUUGGUGUACUACGGUCUCACUCUGAGCGCAGGUGACCUAGGUGGAAAUAUUUAUAGCAACCUGGCCCUGUCUGGCCUUGUAGAGAUUCCAUCCUACCCACUCUGCAUCUACUUGAUUAACCAGAAAUGGUUUGGCCGGAAGCGGACUUUAGCAGCAUUUCUGUGUCUAGGAGGCCUGGCCUGUCUUAUUGUAAUGUUUCUUCCAGAAAAGAAAGAUACAGGAGUGUUUGCGGUGGUGAACAGCCGCUCUCUGUCCCUGCUGGGGAAGCUGACCAUCAGUGCUGCCUUUAACAUCGUUUACAUCUACACCUCUGAGCUCUACCCGACCAUCAUCAGGAACGUUGGGCUUGGAACCUGUUCCAUGUUCUCCAGAGUUGGUGGGAUUAUUGCUCCCUUCAUCCCCUCACUGAAAUAUGUGCAGUGGUCUUUACCCUUCGUUGUGUUUGGAGCCACCGGCCUGACCUCUGGCCUCUUGAGUUUCUUAUUGCCAGAAACUCUUCACAGCCCGUUGCUAGAGACGUUCGCUGACCUUCAGGUGUACUCCUAUCGGAGGCUGGGGGACGAAGCCAUGUCUUUGCAGACCUUGGAUGCGUUGCAGCCUGAGGACAAUGAGAGGACUUUAGAGAGUGAGAAUGAGGAGGAAGAAGAGUUUUUCGAUGCAGACGAAGAGACUCAGAUGAUCAAGUGAGGAGCUCCAGCUCCCUGAUCAGAACCGAAGGACCAUCGUUUGUGCCCAUGACCGAGGCAGGUUCUCCCAUGAGUCCUGAAAGAGCUGGGAAAGACAGCUUUGGCUCCAACACACACAGGUAGUACUCGGCAUGGACUGAUUCUUGUUAAAGUACAAAGGAAGCUGGAAAAGAGAUUUCAUCCGAGAAGCUUCGCUGCAUUGAGGGACACAUUCUUCUCUUGUCCAGCGUGGAAGUUCAGCUCAGAAUCUUGACCUCUGGCCCCGUAGCUCUGGUCUACAGGAGCCUGAUUUGUGUUCACAAGUUUGAUGGCAUUGCUUUUCUUUCUUUGUGACCCAGAAGCAGAUAAGUAAAUCUUCUCACCAUUUUGGUGGGAAUAAAAAAACUGUUCUUAAAAUUGAAACUUCUUAUGUGUGACAUCUGCUGCCUACCGCUUGUCCUGCUCACCAGGACAGCUUCAGGUGCAGGUCGGUGUCAGCAUUUCAUUUUGCAAGGAAAGAACUGUCCUUCGAGCCCGAAUGGGUGCCCGAGGUCCUCCACCUUUACCCUGGGGGCUGACACCAAGUCCUGUUUGUUUUCCCACUCUGGCGGUUGACCUGGCUUCUUUCCGUUUAGUCCCAGAGAUGAUUCACUGCUAAGAACCGGAGGUGUGGCUGUGGCCUGGUAGCCACCUUUAAUAGUUAAAUCAUGUGAUUUCUUCAGUUCCCAAUUAUAAGCGCCUCCCGGAAAAUUUCCUUCUGAGAGUCUAGCAAUAACUUUAGAGUCCUGCACCAUAAACAAUAAAGCUUUAUAAAGGUGGAGAGCAGUUAAAAGUGACAUGUGGAACUCUUAAGAUGUUAAAAAAAAAUUGCAGAUCUUAAUAAGGGACAGAAGAAUUACCUUUAUCGCUUCUUGGCCUUUUGGCUAAGAUCAAGUACAGAAGAAUUAUCUUUGACAGUUUUUUCUUUGUUUUGCUUUCAGUGUUGUAUAAGAAAAGACUUGGGCGACACUCAAGAACUUGUACUCUUCUUGCCCUAAAUCAGCCCCUACUUGGUUAGGCAGAAUGGAAGGCACAGGCAUUUCUUAGGAAUUGUUGAGUUUUUAAAUUAAUUCAUUAUCAUUUACACAUAAAUAAAAAAUCUUAGUCCCUUAAAGUCAUGGGCUGAAAAUAUCUAUUUCUCCAUGAAACCUAAAUACUGUCUCCGAAAGUAUAAAACUAGGGGUCAGCAUGCUUGAGCUGCAUUGUUUGAGGUCACUUUCCCAAGGGCUGGGGAUUUAGCUCAGUGGUUCUGCUGCCUACCUUGCACGUGCAAGGACCCAAGUUCGAUUCCCAGUACCAAAAAAAAAAAAAGAGAGAGAGAGAGAGAGGUCACUUUCCCAAUGAGGAGAAUGUCUGUGUUUUCAAAACUUCCAUUUUAUCUAAGCUCUUGGAGAAGGAGACAGUGUAUGAAAGGUAAAGGGAAGGUGUCACUUGGCUCCGUACACAGCUCCGUUCUCUUCCGUGUUGGCAUCUUGGUUUGCACUACAUUCAUUGUACCGUGGUAUUUGUUAAAAUAUGUUUGUGUCCUUUAUGUCUUUGACUGUGUAUUGGGCUGUUCAGAAAUGGCCUUGAUCACUCCUCCUUUUUCCUUGCGGCGCCCAGAAUGCUAGCCUAGACACAGUAAGAACCUAAGAAAUACUACUGUUUUUAACCAUCAAAGGAGACGUGGCACUCCUCCAAAUAUCAUUUUUGCAAAUCCCACACAACUCUUUCACAUCCCAAGCUGUGAAACUCUCCUUAUUUUUCUCAGAAAAUCGAUCUCCCCACCACUUGGAGAGGGAAAAAAGAAGAACUUAACACUCACAUUUUUGUUAAAUGGUCAAGUAUUUAAAAUAAAACGAUGAACUAAUGUAUAUAUAAUUUUUGGUUGUGUGGAGCUCUCUUUUCAUUACAGUAGAACUAUAACUCAGUAUUUGGAAACCAGGAGUUAGAAAAUGUGUCUCCUGUAGGCCCAGCACCCAGAGACAACCAGUAUUAUGGCUUCCCUCUCUGUGAAGACUGAUUGAGAGUCCAUCUCUUCUGCCAACAAAGUUCCUGCUGCCUUGGGCUAAAUAAAUGAGGGUUCAGUUUGUUAUGUCCCUAAGGUUUCCUCUUUUCCUAGAUAGGAAGUAGAAUAAAGGAAGGAGGGAACCACGGGUU